AUGACAUUUGAUAUAGAUUACGAAAAGGAAAUCUUCUACGGUAAGCUACAACGGAUGGCACUAAGAAGAGACGCUAAUGAGAUUUCCUUGGAUGAAUAUUGGUGUUGUAAUUUUGAUCCAAAACUUUCGCCUAUAAUAUUAAGACUAAUAAAAUCUGAGUUGCAAUACACUUCUGAACCGCUGAAGCAUCUGAAAAGAAUGUAUAAGGUGGAAAGAAAUGGGAAAACAUUACUUCGGGCUUUAUUAUGUCCCGUUAUUCGUACAGGUGAUGAAUCCAAUGACACCAACUUUGCCGAAGUUUUCGCUUUAGUAAAAUUGGUUUUGCCUUCAAAUAGUUUUAAAAUAGAAAAGGUUGAAGUGCCCAUGAAUAAACCCACAAGUAAAGAACUCAAUGAGAAAGUUUCCAAACUUUACUGGCCAGUUAUCUGGAAAGGCGACCCUCGUUUACAAGAGUUAAAGGAAAUUUAUAAAAGGAUGGAUAUAAACAAAGUUGAGAAAUACGUUGGCCUUUUGAUUGAAAAGUUAGAGAACCCACCAUUUAAAACGAGUCUCCCUAUCGUUACAAUAUUUGUGGAUCCUUUGAGUGAUGAAAUAAAAAGCAUUAGCUAUGAUUCCAGGACACGAAAUAACCCAAUUAAGCAUCCCAUCAUGGAUGGGAUAGCACAUAUAGCUGAGCUAGAGCUAAGGAGAAGGCAAGAAAGUUGUUACAAUGAUAAUGAAUCUAAUAACUACCUAUGCCUAAACUAUCAUGUUUAUAGCACUCAUGAGCCAUGCGCAAUGUGUGCAAUGGCAUUGCUUCAUUCCCGAAUUUCACAGCUGAUCUACAUAAAGCCCUCCACUAAGACAGGCGCAAUAGGUAUGGAAAGUGGACAUCAAGAGAUGGUACAUGUUUCUUGCUCUCUAAACUGGAAAUUCGAAUCUUUCCAAUAUACGGAUACAUCUAUAGCAAACAGUGUUGUGUCCGUUGAUCAGGAUGUUUUCGUUUAA